GAUGGUAAAGGUGAACGUCAUGGAAGUGCAGCUGCACAAGCAAAGAAAAAUCAAAGUUUGCCAAAUCGUUUAUUUGCUGAUAUUCAUCCUGUUACUCAAGUACUACAACCAUCACUUAAUAAAUUUAUAUAG